AUCAGCGAGCAUCCGAGGCCCACUGUUCGACUCCAUUGUCGACCACUGUCAAUAUUAGCGCCAUUGCAACUGCUGGGUGUGGGCGAAUCUGCGCCCCGCCACCGGAAGCGAAAAGCAGCACCCUGAAUUUCUCAUCGUUCAAAUCUAGCUUCACUUCCAAUGUUAAUUUCCUGAAGAGAAGAUUCAGCUCGGGAGACUUGUCUUCCGAGAUCGACGAUGUCGAUCCCAAUAGCUUGCCGCCCGCGGCUCGUCCCAUCCAGGACCAGCCCACGAAGCCGACGGUGCCGGUCGCCGGUGGCCCUCCCAAUAUGCCGCCUCCGCCGGCACCGGGCCAAUCGGCGCCCGGUCAGCCGGCUGGGGCUGCGCCAGAGCUGUCGCUAAGUUUCGGGGCUGGCAAGGCGCCGACUACAGCGGCUCCGGCUCCACCGCGUGGUGUCAGUGCCCCCACCAGUCCGGCCAAGUCGCGUGAGAGCCUGCUGCAGCGAGUGCAGAGCUUGACGGGUGCUGCCCGAGAUCAGGGCGCCUCCAUACUGGGAGCUGCUGUGCAGAGCGCCACACAACGGACACCGGCCUUCAACAAGGACAAGUACUUCACGCUCCUGGUGCUGGAUGACCAGAACACGGACUGGUCCAAGUACUUCCGGGGCAGGCGAUUGCACGGCGAUUUCGAUAUACGCGUGGAGCAGGCCGAGUUCAGGGACAUUACGGUGGUAUCCAGCGCCGAUACCGGACCGGUAGUCACCAUGGCCGCCUACCGCAGCGGCACUCGGGUUGCGCGUUCCUUUCGGCCGGACUUCGUGUUGAUACGCCAGCCGCCGCGUGACGGUUCCAGCGACUUCCGCUCCACCAUUCUCGGACUCAAGUACGGCGGAGUGCCCAGCAUCAAUUCGCUGCACUCGAUCUAUCAGUUUCAGGACAAACCCUGGGUGUUCUCGCAUCUGCUGCAGCUGCAACGGCGUUUGGGCCGCGACGGCUUCCCACUGAUCGAGCAGACCUUCUUCCCGAAUCCACGCGAUUUGUUCCAAUUCACCAAGUUCCCCAGCGUGCUGAAGGCCGGACAUUGUCAUGGCGGAGUGGCCACCGCCCGGCUGGAGAACCAGAGCGCCCUGCAAGACGCCGCCGGACUGGUGAGCGGUGCCGGCAACGAAACGCAUUGUUAUUGCACCAUCGAGCCCUACAUCGAUGCCAAGUUCAGCGUUCACAUCCAGAAGAUUGGCAACAACUACAAGGCAUUUAUGCGCAAAUCCAUCACGGGCAAUUGGAAGACCAAUCAAGGCUCGGCCAUGCUGGAGCAAAUCACUUUAACCGAGAAGUACAAAACCUGGGUGGAUGAGAUAUCGGAGCUCUUUGGCGGCAUGGAAGUGUGUGGUCUAUCCGUGGUAGUGGCCAAAGAUGGACGCGAGUUCAUCAUCAGCGCCUGCGACAGCACUUUUGCGCUCAUCGGGGACAGUCAGGAGGACGACCGCAGGCAGAUCGCCGACCUAGUGUCGGGCCGCAUGCAGAAUGUGUGCCGCCCCAGCAUGGCUCAGACAGGACCGGGCAGGCUGCCCUCUCGCUCUUCGGUGUCCUCACGGGCCGAGAGCCCCACAGACGAUGGCAUGGCCCCAACACCGCCACUUCCAGCCGGACCACGGCCAGCACCGAUGGGCGGGCCACCGCCCAUACCGGAGCGUACCUCGCCAGCAGUCGGCUCCAUUGGACGGCUGAGCAGCCGCAGCAGCAUAUCGGAGCUGCCGGAGGAGCCGUCCUCCUCAGGGCCGAGCACUGUGGGAGGAGUGCGACGCGACUCGCAGACAUCGCAGGCAUCAAGCAUCUCGUCGGUGUCCAGGGUGGGACAACGUCCUCCGCAGACGCAGAACUCCGUGGUGGAGGAUGCGGAGGACACGAUGAAGAACCUGAGGAAGACGUUCGCGGGGAUAUUUGGUGACAUGUAGGAAAUCGCUAAUAAGAAGCGCGGCAGAACGGCGAGCGAGACAAGCAGCGGCCUGGGCAGUGUGCCCAGCAGCGCGGGACCAGGGAGCAGUGGAGCCAGCGGCUUCAGUGGCUCCUUCCUGGGCAAGCAGUUCUCGUUCGCCUCGGGCGGCAAGUCAGGCAACGGCAACGGCAAUAGCAUCGAUGUGAUCUCCACACAGCCCAGCCGUCCGCAGGAGGAGCCACCAACGGCCAUCUCAGCCGUCCAGCCCGGCAGCAGCGUUUCGGAUAGCGUCAACACAACUACGGAUACAAAUAUGGAUAAAGCCGCCGGCGGCUAUAAGCCGGUGACCAACUUUGAGCCACAGGAACGGGUCAAUCCCUUCGACAAGGAGCCGCACAAGUCAUCGAGCGUUGCCAGCAUUGCUGGCGCUGCCUCGAACAACACCACCUCAUCCUCCUCGUCGAUCUCAUCGUCAUCGAUCUCAUCGCGCAUCAAUCGCAAUGGCAACUCCAUCAAGUCACCGCCCCCACCUGCGGGGCCACCACCGCCGCCACCCACCGUGGCCACGGUCCACAGCAAUGCCAACAGCUCGAGUGGCUAUCGCAACAGCUUCAGCAGCACCCUCAGCAAGGACAAGACCAGCUACGGCAACUACGGCAGCUCCACCUCCAUCGAGACCAUCACGCGGAUGGACACAAACACCACAAACACAGCGGCCACGGCCACGGGAGCGGGCGAGGCCAGCGGCAUCACUGCCAUCACCAGCAUCAGCAACAGUGCAGGCGUGGGAGUAGGAGGAGCAGUUGCUGCCCCCACUACAGUUGGAGCGAUGACCACUUCGGCCACCACAAACGAUUGGCGCUCGACCAUAGGCAUACGCUCGGCCAGCGUCUACAGUGCACCGGCGGCGGUGACCACCACAGCGUUGCCGGGUGACACGUCCGGCUAUGACUCCAACUCGAUUGCCUCGCAGGCCGAAUACAACAAUCCCAGCGAUCUGCCCUCGUACACCAGACCCUCGUACGCGCGCUCCGAGAGCAAUGCCUCCAAGUCAUCGGAUCUGGACAUUAUAUUCGGCGAAACCAAGACCAACACCACCACCCCAUCCUAUGGCAGUGGCAAGUUCACCAGGGCCGCUGGCUCCAUCUCUGAUGCGGACAUGAUUUUCGGGGGACCGCCUUCGAACUACAAGACCGAUCGUUUCGGUGCGGCCAAGAGCAUGAGCAUGAGCUCCAGCGGAGUGGGCUCUGGCUCUGGCAGCGGCAUCGGCUCGGGCGGCUAUAAGAUCUACGAAGGCAUACAGAAUGCUGCGUUCAGUGACUUCAGCGACACGGGCAGUGUGAGCAGCAUGGGAUCGGCCACCAGGCGCUGGAGUGCCGCCAGAGAAGAAAACGAUGAUGAUGAACUCGAUUUGAAGUGAAUCUAAAACGCACUCUAACCUACAUAUAGCCAUCACCUAUCAUUCUCACAAACAUAUACUAUGGAAAUCGAUCUGUUUUCUGCCUCUGAAGUUUCCUGGUUUCAUGCGAAUGAACACUAAACACCAAACACUAAAUACUCAUACUCAUACUCAUCUAUCCACCAUCAGCGUUGGGUUACUAUCCUCUUCACUAUGUAUCUAACUAUAAAUGUGUGUCUUGUUACUGAAUAUUUACUGUAAACCCAAUGAAUUCAUUUGCCAUAUAUGAGAAGAGAAGGGAAAAAUGUUGAGGAUGAAGCAGCUCUGUAGACACUGUAGUACACUCCUAAUCUAUAAUUAUAACCACCAAUGCAACAACAAUAAUGCAAAGAACGUAUGAUGAAA